UAAUCUUCCCAGCUUUCCUUGCUAACACUUUUCUCAAAAGGGUCAAUGACUGGAAAUGUUAACGACUUUGUCUUUCCACAGAUGCUGCUUGACUAGCAGAGCUUUUCUCGUCAUUUCUGUUUUAAUUUAGAUUCUAGAAUCUGCAGUUUUAUUGUUUAAUUCGGCACAGUUUUGCAAUUUAAUCCGUAAACAAAGUUACAGACUAACCAAUAAACUUGCAUUAUAAUUCCGGGUGCUUUGGGUCUGCUUUCUUUCUCGAGUAAGAUGUAAUAAAAAAAUGAAAAAAAAACAGUGAACCGCGAUGGCACGAACACUUCGCAGCUUUUCUCCGACAUUCACUCGGAAAUUCGGAUUCUGUUUUCUCGUUUUCUGCUGGACGGGCACUAGGACCCAGCGACCUCUCCUUGCUCUCUGCCGCCCGCAGUCGGAAGCCUGGAGUCGGCGGCCUCUCUCUGGGCGCCUCCGAGUACUGGGAUCUGGUGGCCGGGGCCCGGUCGUCAUGAGUGGGCCCGGCUGGGCGGCGGAGGCCGCUCGGAUUUGGAAGGUGCCCGGGAUCGAGGUGCUGCGCCUGAGCGGCGUGACAGGCUGGGGGCCGAGGAAGAAGAACGACCUGGUGCUGGGUGUAGGCGACGGCCCCCGGAGCGGGCAGCAUGUGGUGUACUUCCCCGGGGACGUGCAGAACUAUCAUGAGCUGAUGACACGCCAUUCAGAAAACCUUCGCUGGCAGCGAUGGAGCCUAGAAGAAGUGGCUGUUUUACUGUUCCGUCGAUUUCCUCGCAGCCACAUCUGGAUCAUUAAGGCUUCCCGGAUUCAUCUACACAAGUUCAGUUGCUACGACAACUUUGUGCAGAGCAAUCUAUUUGGUGUACCUGAGCAUAGCUUUGACAGUGGGGCUUUCAAACACUUAUAUUCACUGUUAAUGAAUGGCUUCAAGCAAGAGCGCACUCUUCUGCAUUCACGGACAAGUCCUGGUGAAAGGUCUUGUGGUUCAUUUGCAGUCGAACAUGAUGAAGGCUGCAGAGAUCUCUCUAAAACUUCAAGCGGUUUUUCCACCAAGAAUGAUCUGAGUACUCCAAGUCUUUCUGGAAAUUACACAGAGGUUGAAGACUUGAAAUGCACUGACCCUUCAUUGAAGUUUAUAUUGAUUGGUUUCAGCAAAGGUUGUGUGGUGUUGAACCAGCUGCUGUAUGCAUUGAAUGAAGCACAAAAAGACGAAGAACUAGCUGCCUUCAUCAGUAACAUUAAAGGGAUGUAUUGGUUGGAUGGUGGUCAUGCUGGAGGAAGCAAUACCUGGGUCACCGAUCCAGAAAUCCUGAAAAGAUUUGCCAAGACCGGUAUUCCUGUGUUUGCACAUGUUACACCUUACCAAGUACAGGAUAGUAUGAGGGCUUGGAUUGGGAAAGAGCAUAAGAAGUUCAUCCAGCUGUUGGGGGAGUACGGUGCUAAAGUGACAAACCAACUUCAUUUUGAAAAUGAAAGCCCUUCCCUGGACAAUCACUUCAGGGUUCUUCAAGCAUUCUAAUGUACUUGUGAUCCAUGGUGACAGAAAAAUCACUAAGUCUUGGUCUCAUUUGUUCUCAGUAAAGCUGAGUAGGAAAAGCUGCUUAUGUAUGAAACUGGUACUCCUGAGAAAUUUAUUUAAUAGUUUGUAGACUAAGUAUAUGUGAUUUUUCCACCACAAAUUCUAAUUGAGUCUAAUCUCUGUUUUCGUACAUUAAACUAUUGUUGCAGGUACUGUUUGAGUUGCCUUCAUUUAGCAUUCCAUUUGCUUACAUUUUGUGGACUUGAUCAAAUUAAAUAUUUUGUUGUCUUCUAAUCCAGUAUAAAAACUGCUGAUUUUCCACAGUCAUGAGAGACAUCUGAAAUUUGUCUAAUUUCAUUAGUUCACAAGCAAAGAAGAAUGUUUGUGUUAAGUGAAUCUGUGCUAUAUAACCUAGUUACCACACUCACAGAUGACUACAGUCUAUAUUGGAAGCAGAACUGAUAUUUGGCAAAGGAAAGUCGAAGUGAUGGCAAUUAACAUUUUGACCAUCUCAAAAUGAUUUCCUUUGAAACUUGCCUUUAAAGAGGCCAACAUUUGGUUUGGUACACUCUUGCAUGUAGCUUCUAAGAUCUAAAAGAUAACACGUUUUGUAAUCACAGAAGAUGUAAAUAGCCAUGACAGAUGUAUAUGAAAACAAAAUAAUCCGACUGGAAACUGGAAAUGCAUGGCAUGUGCUAAAAUACAAAUUCACUCCACGUGAGGACAGAUGAAAGAAGAUGCAACAAUCGGUCAAUAAUACUUGACAGUGAUGUCAAACCUUCCAGCAGUUAUUGUAAGUCCUCAUUCCAGCUGGUGUUUGGAACACAAUCAGCUUCCUGGAUUGCUCAAAGGCCCCACUCUAGGCUCAUUGAGAGCAAUGACAAUAGUGACUUGACAUCAGCCUUGAUAUGGCUUCUUCAGGCUAAGCUCUUGGGGUAGGGUGCUGUCAUGUAACCUAGAUAAAUUUCUAGAGUUCUUGCUUGAUCUUGUUACCACGCUGACCUCUGUUUCAUGUGCAGUGAUCACUCGAGAACCCCUAGUGUUUAAGUAAACAAAUCAAUAAUAAUCAGCUAUUAAUAGUUUCCCUUAUACUUUUGGACUGGGAUAGCUCAAUUGAUACCAUGCAUUCUAACUUCAGGUACAGGAACUUUUGAAAGUGUGUUUAAUUCUAACAAUCCAUGGAUGACCCUCCCCCCAAUUAAAGGCAGACUAUGGAAUCCAUUAAAAUAAAGCUUUCAGGAAAGUAUGCUAUGAUGGAGGAGGGUUAGUGGUUAAAUAACAUUUGAUAGUACUGUAUAAAGUGACCCUGUUUUAAAUAGUUGGUUUUAAUCAUGCUACCUACUGAUAGAAAUGAGUCACUUGUCAGCUCUAGGCCAUAGUGCAUCAUUAUAGAGUGUGUAAUACUUCUGUUAUGAACAUUUGGUUAGCAUAACAUUAUUGAAUAAACGUUGCUUUGUUGCUUUGGUAUUUUGUUGGUCUGGAAUUGAUUGCACAAAAUGCUUUCAUAUGUAAAAUGAAUCGUAAAAUACAGUGAUUUUGAAAUGGGAAGUUUCAGUUAAUUUUGAAAACUAUUCAACACUAACCAAACAAUUCCAUCAAUUAUGCGACCUAAUAUGUAAUUGAAAUAAGUAAAA